UCACUCCAUCGCGUCGACGCGAGCUCUAUCAUGUGAAGGAAGAAAGUACUUUGGAAGCUACUACACAUUCGGAGUAGAGAGAGAGAGAGAGAGAGAGGGAGAGGGAAAGAGGAAUCGAUCCAUGGAGGCACUCGCGGGAAACUGCAUCAGAGGUUUCGUUAGGGACGGCAGCAAAUUAGCUCCCUCUGUCGCCUAUUCCGCUUCUUCUCGCCUGAGGUGGAUCACCGUUCGGGCCCCGUUCCCCACCAAAAAGUUGGGCUCCGGCCAUGCCGUCCUUUUCAGAGGGCAGCUGAUCUGGCGGUCUUACUCUUCCUCCCUCUCCGCAGCGUCGUCGGAGGUAGAUAGGCUUACUCUUGAUUCUUAUGUCGAGAAGGCAGAUCGCUACAAGACCGUGCACGUAAGAUUUGUUCUGCAGAAGGAGUGCUCGUUUGGCCAGCAAUUCCUCCUGGUUGGAGAUGAUCCAAUGUUUGGUCUGUGGGAUCCAGAAAAGGCAGUUCCUUUGGAAUGGUCUUCCGGCCAUGAAUGGACAGCUGAGCUGGAUUUACCUGUGGGAAAACAAAUCCAGUUCAAGUUUAUACUCAAAGGUGACGCUGGGGAAAUCAAGUGGCAGCCUGGCCCUGAUAGAUGCUUGCAGACAUGGGAAACCUCCAAUACUAUUAUGGUUUCAGAAGACUGGGAGGAUGCUGAGUCUCAGAAGAUUUCAGAGGAGGAACCAUCACUUCUUAUUCUGGUCGAGGAAACACGGUCCGUGGAGAGCAAGAUCGGUAGCAAUGUGGGAGCUGUAAUGGAUCUGACCCAGAAUGGUGAGGCUCAGGACAAACCCAGAGGCGUAACUGAUACCACUUUGCUUUUAGUCCCCGGCUUAGUGCCAAUUCGUGCUUUGGGGAGCGCUUUGGGUUCCCCACAAGAAACAAUGCCUGUGAAGGCUGCUGUUGAUGCUUCUCAUGAAUCUGAUGAAGCUGCUGAACACUACAACUCAUCAGCGCAGUUAUCUGAAAAGGAAGAAAAACCAGAGGGAUCACACGAAAACUUGCUUGAAGAAGAAGAAACCACGAUACUGUCGCAACAACCAGACAGCCAUGAACAUGAAGAAAUGGCAGUGAAGCAGAGUAACGGCAGCAUGUUGGUUGAAGAUAAAAUUCUCCCAAAAGAACCUAAUUCUGAAGAAAUAGCUAAUGUUCUUCAGAACGACAAGCAAUGGGGCCGUAGAACACUGAAGCAGCUUCUUUUAAAUCUGGGUUUUAAUGUCACGCCAACAGAAACUUCUUGAGAACCCAGUGUUGUUUGUUGCUUGUUCCUGUGGCCUUUCUUAAUGGCUGUGGAGAAUUAUACUUGUAACCUUAUUUUAUUCAUUACUAGUUUGUGGAGGAUGUAGUUUUGUGUUGUACACUGGAAUGUGAAUGGGUGUGUUGCUGAUUCUGUAUCCAUCUGCAAUGCGAUUGGCCAUAAUGGCUCUCUUUAGA